GCACCAUCUCAGCAGUACAGCUAAAAAGAAUAGACUAAUUCCUGUAAUGGCAGGUUGUGUUUAGAUAGGAUCGGUGGGAUUUAAAGUCAAUCGCUCGAGAUGGAUUAUUUUGGAACUUGGAGAAGUAGUCGUCCAUUGGGUUAUGGAUACAUUUAUAGACACGAUCAUGGUGCUGAGCAUACGCUCAAAAUACCAGAUCCUAAUAUCUACAAAGUGGAAGAUGUCCCGGAAUUAAAACGUGUUCAAGAAGAAUUAGCUAAGAGAGGGCUAAAAGAUCCUUGGCUGAGAAAUUAUGUGUGGCGCUAUCAAUCGACUACGAAAUUUCUACCACGUGGAAUACCACUUGUGUUCAGAGGCUGGAAAAUCGGCGUACCAGCGUUUCUAAUCACCAUAGCUGUUGAACAAUAUUUUGGGAUUGAUUACUCCGGCCAUUCUCAUCACGAAGAUAGUCACGGAGAUAGCCAUCACUAAUAUCCAGCUUAGUAUUGAUAUUGUGUGCUAAAAUAAAGCAGUAGUAAUGUUACUGUAGAGCAACUGUAUGGCAACUGUGUGAAUAUAUUAAAAUACAAAAAUA